AUGACGCUGACCCCUGUUCCACGAUUUAGAGAUGUAAUUGAGUUACCGUACCGGUGGAUGCUUGUGGUACGGCGGAGCAACUUCUCGCCUCUGGCACCAGGAACAAAACCACUCCCUGCCCACUUAGCACGGAAACCCGAGGCCCGGAAAGAGUUGGAAUCGGCCCUGCCGGUGGUUGGCAAUCCAUUUGGCGAUGGGCGAUCUCCGUAUCAGUGGGCCGAAUUCGAGACGGUCGACACGACUAAUCACCGCUUUGCCCCACCACCGGUGCAGGUCAAGUUGGACAAAGGUGACCAGAUCUGGUAUUAUUUGGGCCAGUCAUCGACCGAAUGUAGGGCUCAAUAUACGCACAACCCUAGCGUGCCCGUCCACAACCCGCGGUCGAAUUUCCUGGACAGCGUGAAGUCCCUUGGCGCCGUGAUGGCCCGGAUCCCCUCUUACCCCCACCGCCAUCUUCCUCAGUAUGCUACUGCCCCUCCUCACCACCUUUCACCUGCUGCUGCUGCUGCCGCCACCGCCGCCGCUGCUGCCUCCCGCCCUUCCCUGCUGCAGCGACCUACUCUUGCCCCUCCUCCUCGUACUCCUUCCUCUGCUGCUCCUCCUGCUAGUACUGCGAUGCCGUCUGCCUAUCGCUCCCUGCCCACUCAAUCUGCCCGCCAUGCUCCGUACCCUCAGAUCGCCAAGACCCAUCAAUCACACCACCUGUCUCAGCAGCAACACAGUCCGCAACAAUCACAGCAGCAGCAGCAGCAGCAGCACAGCCACCAUCUCCCCGCGAAUACCUUUGCCAAUGUUCGGGAGCUUAUCGCUCGUCGCCGCCUGGCCCAGAUCACCGACCAUGCCAAUGUCUUCGCCGGGUAUACGAUCGUCAGCCCCGAGCUAGUCGUUGAGACGCUCCUGGGUCCCAUGGGCUCCGUGCCGCCGCCGACUGGCCUCGAGAAGCUGGAACUCGCCAUGGCCCAACAACGGGUCCAACCUCGCGCCGCCGACGGAACCUUGUUACCCCUGCAGCCACUCAAUAUGCGUUCCGAAGAGGUGACCCGAUUGUUGCAGAUGCUCCGGUUCUCCCUUGUCAGCCACCGCGACCGGCUCGAUGUGCUUCAGAAGAAGGAGACGGAAAAUAAUAAGCAGGAGAGUGCUCACAAGGGCAGUGUUGCAGCUGUCAAAUUGCCUCGCAAGUUUGCGUACCUAGAGCAGCAACAGGAACAGUCACCGACCGUCUAUCAGUCCCCGUACAACAUGCCUUCUGGCUUCAGCGAGUAUGCCCAGAAGACGUUUGGGCUGACUCCAAGCGAGCCGGAGCUCCCUAAACCCUCACUGGCCAAUGACUACUUCGCCAGUCUUUCCCCGGAGGACCAAGAAAAGAUUCUAAAGACCUGUGGCAGUUUUGUCCAACGGGCCAUUGAGCGAUCCGCAAGCCAUAGUCGCCAGAGCUCCGCAUCUAACCUCCGACUCGCAUCGGCACUAGCCCAGCAAACCGAGAACCCAACGAUAGACAUAACAACAGUCGAGGACAUGCCAUUGUCAGGUCUGGAUUUCCCACUACAUGCGGACUCUCCGUGUUCCAGUUUCAGUCGUCCGCACCUGCGCUUCCAAUCCCCGAACGAUUACAACGCUCACGGACCAGAAACACAUCACGACCAUCAUGACCUCUUUGGCGACCAGCAGGCCAACACACGGUUCUGGCAGCAUGGGCCCUGGGCUGCAGGCGAUGGCAAUACGCCUAACGAAGAAACUCGGCCAUUUUUUGGACCUCACGAGCGGUUGAAGCACGACUAUGCCUCAUCUGACAUCUCCUUGGGCCGAGGUCCCGGCUCUUUGCAUUCUGUCGACAUGGCUGGGUUUGGAAUGGACGCCACAGACGAUCUCUGUAACGUUCUUAGUCCUUGA